AGCGAGAAUAUGAUUGGUGGAAAAUGUCAAUCAGACCUCGAUUGCAUGCAACUGCCACUCUCAUCCAGUGAGAUUGAUCCUUCAGAAGCUAUUCGUGUGCGAUCGCCAAUGCAAAUUACAUGCAGUGAGAAUAUUCCCUUAUUCUCCUCAGUUAUUAUAUGGUUCAUGAGUGAAUAUAUGCCAGUAUACAUUCAUAUCUACUAGUAAACAAUCAAUCUAUCAAAUUUUCACACCAACUCCGUUUUUUUCCCUUCUCUUUGUGUCAUUUCUUCAUACUUCUCUUUUAAAUUCCGUAUUUUAACUGUCAAAAUGGAUAUUUUGUGCUUGAAUUAUAUCAUAAUUUUUUGUUUGUUUUGUUUAAAACUAAUUAAUUGUAAUAGUAAUGUUUGUGGCUCAUUAGGAAAUGGAUGUGAUGAAUCAAUGGAUGAUUCUCCGCAUAAGUCUAUUUAUUCUGAAAAAUGGAAUAGAAUAAUGCGCCUCAUUGAUGAUGCAAAUUCACGAUAUGAAGACUGCAGUUUUAACAAUUGCUCCUGUUAUCAGAACACUAUGAACAAAGAUUUAAGCCCAUGGCAUCUAUCUGGCAUCACAGAAGAAGAUAUAUUAGAAAGCAAACAGAAAGGAACUCAUUAUCAAAUUAUAAACCAUACGUUAUAUCGUGAUAAGGACUGCAUGUUUCCAUUUAGAUGCAGUGGUGUUGAGCAUUUCAUUCUCAAGUUGCUAACUAAACUUCCUGACAUGGAAUUGAUUCUCAAUACCAGAGAUUAUCCUCAAGUCAUCAGAUAUGGAAAACCAUUACCAGUAUUCUCAUUUAGUAAGACUAAUCAGUAUUGGGAUAUAAUGUAUCCUGCAUGGACAUUUUGGGAAGGUGGACCUGCCAUUAGUCUUUAUCCUACUGGAAUUGGAAGAUGGGAUCUACAAAGAGAAACUAUAAACAGGACAGUCGAGAAAUGGCCGUGGCACAAGAAAAAAACUGUUGCAUUUUUUCGGGGAUCUCGUACCAGUGCAGAAAGAGACAAACUGAUUCUCAUGUCUCGUAAAAAUCCAGAUUUCAUUGAUGCUCAAUACACAAAAAAUCAAGCUUGGAAAUCAGAUGAAGAUACACUUGGUGCACCACCAGCUUCUGAAAUCUCUCUAGAAGAUCAUUGCCUUUACAAAUAUCUUUUUAACUUCAGAGGAGUGGCAGCAAGUUUCAGGCUCAAGCAUUUGUUUUUAUGUAGAUCUCUAGUCUUCCAUGUAGGUGAUGAAUGGUUGGAAUUCUUCUAUGAAGAAAUGAAACCAUGGGUUCAUUACAUUCCUCUUGGAACAGACUUAUCAAGUGUUAGUGAUUUAUUAAACUUUGCAACUGAAAAUGACGGAAUUGCGAAGUCAAUUGCAGAAAGGGGUUUCAAUUUCAUAUGGAAUCAUUUAAAAAUGGAAGACAUUCUUUGUUAUUGGGAAAACUUGUUGCUAGAAUAUGCCAAGUUGUUACGAUACAAGCCAAAGAGAAAUCCUCAACUCAUCAAAAUAAAAUCUAGGUGAAUUAUUUUAAAUUAAUAAAUGAUUUAAAGUGUGACAUAUCUAGAUUUCAUCAUACCAUAUUUAUGUAACUUCUAUUCAUUGCUAGUUAUGUCAAAUGGACCAAAGUGUAUAGAACAUUUUCAUCCUUGGAAAGCUUUAUUUAUUUAUUAUUUUAAUUACUUCAUUUGAUGCACACAGUCAAAUUGAGUCUAUGUUUUCAUAAAAUAAAACUAUAGUUUGUCUACGGUAAGAACUCUCCCUGUCACAAAGUCUGAGACCAUCUGCUGCUAUGGAAACAAGAAUUUCGAGGGUAGCUUCUCUUCAAUCUGGGGCUACCAACACAAUAGACCGGAGAAAAAGAUUAUUAUUCUCUCGCCUUUUCUGUACAUUACCGAGCAAAAACUUGUCCUAAUCAGUGACCUCACACCCCUACUUGAAAUAGUUAUACCUCAUAACCAUAGUCACCGCCAUGGGGCUAGGAGAGUUCUUACUUUAGACAGUGUACUAUUAUUUAUUGUGCUUCUAAGUGCAUCACUAAGCACUAUGAUUGUGAUAUUAUAAUAUUUUGGGCUAAUUUUUGCCAAAAUUCACUUCAUUAAUAUAUUGAAUUAUUGUUGCUGAACCAACUCAUUUGUACGGGGAAAAUAUGAAUUCCAUGCAUGUAUAUGUAUGUUAAAAAGUGUGAUUUUCUGUCUUACAAAGCAUGGUUUUAUUGAAAUUGAGAAACAUUCUUUGGUAAUUUUACAUUCCAUUAAAAGUUUUUAAACACAGUUUUAUGUUCAUCAAGUUAUUCAUGUAAACUAGGUAUUAUCAAUCUCCAUUGUAUUUGGUUUGUGUGUAUGUGUAAAGGUGGCAAUUAAAAAACAAAAUCUUUUGAAUAA